CUGAUGCGGUGCAUUAUACAUUGAGUCAUUGAGUGUGACAACCCUUAGCUGUCACAUUAUGCCAAUUCAGAGCCACAAUUUCUCAGCAUUAUGCCCUUCAAUUAUUUAAGUGAGAUCAUAAACUUGGUUCUGGUGUAUUGCUUCUGGUUGCUCUGAGCUUCGUUUGGGACGACUUUCGUCCCAAAAAAAGCCUAAUCUACAGGACUACCACGUCACAAUGAUACCGAGAAUGGCUAAUAAAUUAUAACAAUAAUAAUAAAAACUUAUUCCUCUCCUAUUAAUUGUAUAACCAAGUAUUCAACGCCUUUCAUGAAUCAUUCCUUAUCAGCCUACAAUUCAAAUUCGGAGGCAAGCCAAUGAUCCUCCUCCUCAUCCUCCUCCUCUCCUCGACCCUCAUCCUCCACUCCGCCCCCACCGACACCAUCACUCCGUCCCAAACUCUCGCCGCAGAACAAACCAUCAUCUCCACCGGAGGCACUUUCGAACUAGGAUUCUUCAACGCCACCACACCUUCUAGCUCUUUCUUAGGCAUAUGGUAUCACAAAAUUCCCAUUCGCAAAAUGGUCUGGGUAGCUAACCGCAAAUCUCCGAUCACCGCCCAAAAUGCCACCUUUUCUCUAACUAGUGACGGCAAUAUUCUCAUCACAGCCGGCGACGUCAACAACGGCGGCAUCAGAACUGUUUGGUCUACGAACACCUCUGGCGUAAAAAUUCCAUCUUUGAAACUCCUCGAUUCCGGCAACCUCGUGCUGACCGACGGUGGAUCAAAUGCCAUUAUUUGGGCGAGCUUUGACUACCCUUCCGACACUUUACUCCCCAAUAUGGAACUCGGAUUAGACUUAAAACGUCACCUUGAAAAGCAGCUCAUGUCCUGGAAAUCUCCUAACGACCCCUCCCCGGGCUUGUACACCUUUGGCCUUCGCCAAACUGGUUCACCGGAGCUCAUACUCAAGAACGGUUCAAACAUCGAGUAUCGAACCGGGCCAUGGACUGGAGUUUCAUGGAGCGGCAUUCCCCAAAUGAAUUCGGAUGUCCACUUCAACUUCAUCUUCGUGGUUCAACCCGACAAAAUUUUCUACACCGAUACGGUUACGGAUAAUAAAUCUGAAAUGACUUUAACAACCCUCGAUCCCAGCGGUGGUUUGCAACGGUUGAUGUGGCUCGGCGGCCAGUGGAGGCAGUACUGGCGGCUACCGGAGGACAAAUGUGACGGGUACGGCACGUGCGGGGCGUUCGGGAUAUGCAGCAUGUAUUACCCUGAAGGGGUUUGUAAGUGCUUACAGGGGUUUGAGCCGAGGACGGUAAUUGACUGGACGUUGAGGGAUUAUUCAGGAGGGUGUAAGAGGGGAACGGCUUUGGCUUGCUCUGGAAGGGAUGGCUUUGUUAAGGUGAGUGCGGUGAAGCCGCCGGACACGGAGAACGUGACGGUGGUCGCUGGCCUGGGAGUGGAGGACUGUGGUUCUUUGUGUUUGGGGAAAUGUUCAUGCGUAGCUUAUGUUGUGCUUGGUGGGAAUUGUUUGUGGUGGGUGGAUCAGCUAGUGGACACCAAGAAGUUUCCUCAAGGAACUCAGGGAGGUGUGGAUCUCUAUCUCCGACUAGCUGCCGCUGAUUUGGUUUCAGCAGAAAGUGCGUCAAGCAAGAGGAAGCAUAUAGUUGCAGUAGUCAUCCCAGUGGGGCUAGCUUUUAUCAUAUUCUCUUGCUGUGGGAUAUACACAAUAAGAAAGAAAAGAAAGCAGGGACAUGGAUAUGCCAAGGGGAGCAUAAGAAAAGAGAUGGAACUUCCCGUAUUUGAUAUGUCUGCAAUUGAGAUUGCUACAAAUAACUUUUCUGAUGAAAAUAAGCUUGGACAGGGUGGAUUUGGCCCUGUUUAUAAGCAGGGUCAUUUCGAAGAUGGACAAGAGAUUGCUGUCAAGAGAUUAUCUAGAAAUUCAGUUCAAGGGUUGGACGAGUUCAUGAAUGAGGUUAUGUUAAUUGCAAAACUUCAGCACAGGAAUCUAGUUCGUCUUCUUGGCUGCUGCAUCCAAGGAGAGGAAAGGUUAUUGAUUUAUGAGUACAUGCCCAACAAAAGUUUGGAUUCUUUCAUAUUCGCAGACAAAGCAGUCAGCUCUCAGUUGGGUUGGCAAAAACGAUUUGAUAUAAUUCUUGGAAUCGCACGAGGACUUCUCUAUCUUCAUCAAGAUUCUAGAUUAAAAAUUAUUCACAGAGAUCUCAAGGUUAGCAAUAUUCUUCUCGAUAAGGAGUUGAAUCCCAAAAUUUCAGAUUUUGGCAUGGCAAGGAUUGUGGGAGGAGAUCAAAUGCAAGAAAGCACACAGAAAGUGGUUGGUACAUUUGGAUACAUGUCGCCUGAGUAUGCAAUGCAGGGCAUAUUUUCAGUAAAAUCUGAUGUCUUUAGCUUUGGAGUUAUUGUACUUGAAGUCCUUACUGGUAAGAAGAAUAGAGUGUUUGAUCCAAAUGAAAGUCAUGUGAGCCUGGCCUGGACACUAUGGUUAGAAAAUAAAUCCCUGGAGUUGAUUGAAGAUGCGCUGAAGUAUGACUACCAUGAGCAAGAAGUUCUGCGAUGUAUGCAGGUCGGCCUCCUUUGUGUGCAAGAAGGGAGUGAAGAUAGGCCUACAAUGGCUUCAGUGAUUUUGAUGUUGGGCAGUGAAGCCAUGACACUGCCUCAACCUAAGAGGCCUGGCUUUUAUCUCAAAGAUGAUUCUAAAGUACCAAAUUUCUUAACACCGGAUCAUGUCGGUUGUACUAGAAAUGAUAUCACUCUUACAAUGAUCCAUGGUAGAUAGAGAAGUUGAACCAGAACCUAUUAAUGGCCAGGGUGGUAUAAAUGAUAGUGAUAAUGUGGCUGACACCUAACUAAUUAAUAAAGAUUUUGUCGAUGUAUGGGCUAUUUUUGCAUAGCCGUUAUAUAUUUCAAGAAUAUGAUAGGCAGGAAAUUGUGUGCUACUUCUCAAAAGUCUUCUUCGUCACUCAAUAGUGCGACUACUUGAUGUGUUUGUUAUUAGUUUUGCUUUUAUGGCUUAUAGGCAACAUAAGUGCUACAGUUGCUUUAUAUUGCUCUUUGGUCUUUGAUAUGUGUAGGUAUCUUAAUAAAGUUGAGUUUGAUUUGGUUUGUAGUCAA